UGGCAAUCGUGACAAUUGCUUUGCAGGAAUAUAAGAGCUCUGGAACCUCUGAGGAGAUAGUCAUUUCAAUUGUCUUUGGUGUUUCUGCACGGCAACAUGAAAGGAAUAGCGUGCUGUCUCUCUGCUUUCCUCCUUCUCCUGCUCCCUGAGGAGAGUGCGCAGGGCAAGGCGGCCAGCCCCACUCCCGCACCACCACCCAACUGUCCUUCCUCCGCUCCUCCGAGUUUGUCUCUGACGUCCACGCAGUGUGGACAGUCGAGUGUACUCAGGACGAGGCAAACAUGGCUCCAGUGGAUGUGGAACAGCUUUACGGAGACCUUCAUGGGAAGCCAAGACCUGGAAAGAGAGGAGGGAGGAGGACUCAUUUUCAACGGGGCUCCGGCCACCAUCGCGGAAGCCCCCUUCAUGGCCUACAUUGAAUCGUUUUUCGCUGACGGCAGCGGAGCAGCUUGCAGUGCUUCCAUCCUCAGCGAGAAGUGGAUUCUGACUGCCGCUCACUGCGUCGUCGACAGCAACAACGCUUUCGCUGUUGCCGCGAAAGUCUAUGUGGGGAAUGCAGACAAUAGGUAUGGAGCACUUCAUGAUGCAGAUUCUGUUGCACGAGAUGGAGCAUUCAACAUAAAUAACAUAGGGAACGGGCAUGACAUCGCCUUCUACCGUUUGGCGACGCCUCUGACCUUCUCCCCGAGCAUCCAGCCGAUCUGCUUCCCCACCACCGACACCGUCCUGGGCACGGCCAUCUCCGACUGCGACCAGAGGAUUUACGGCUGGGGGAAGAUCGACGCUGCUGGCCAGACCUCUACGAACACCCUGCAAAAGCUGAAUGUGACGGUGUCGGCGGAUGUCAGUGCCUGCUCCUCCCUCACUGAUGAGACCGUCGUUUGCGUGCGAGGAGACGUCGCGAACAGCGGAGCCUGCUUCGGAGACAGUGGUGGACCUCUAGUGGUGAGAUACAAUGGCCGAGCCUUCGUCACCGGGAUCGCCUCGUACGUCGUGGGUGGCUGCGCCCCGGGCAUCGAUGGCUACACCAGGGCCUCCAAGUACAGCGCUCUCGUCCAACAAGCGGCCGUUUCUGGAGCGAUCGACUCUUCCUCUGAUUCGAUUAUAACACAGGCUCUCACGCCCGGACUCAGCCAAGCACGCCUGCUCGAGGGAUAUCAUUAAGCAUCAAUCGAACGAUUCACCCCACCGCAUUUACCUCUAAAAGAAUCAAAACCUGAUCAAAUUGUUGCUAAAAUGUAGGUUGGGGACGAAUUUUUUCCCGGAAACCAUUGCCUCUUAAAUCCAGAGCUUCUAAUUCUCCAAAUCAUUAUCAAAGUAAUAACUUGACAAAGCCCUGUCACUUUCAGCAUGAGAAACUCCAUGGACACAUGCUACAUUUUCCCCUUCACAUUUACACGAUGCACAUGCUAUUUGCACUCGGCACACUCACAUGCAAUUCGCACUCGGCACAAGCGACUCACUCGAGACACAUGCAAUUCGCACCAGACAUAUUCAAUUUGCACCGGGGGAAUUCCAUUGCACCGGAAGCAUUCACUUCGAUUCGCCGCACUACCUUUCGCACAAAAAAAAACAUUCACAUUUGACUGUUACGACUGAAAAUGGGCCGAUUUCAUUUUCGAUUUUCACCAUCCCCAUGAAAGGAAAUCAGAGACUUCAUUUUCCUUGGUCAAUUUUUUUAUUGCACCUCUAAAGCACAGUUUCUUUUACGCAUGUAGCACGAUAAAUAAACGGGCA